AAUGCUCAACAGUUAAAAUAAAAUCUAUCCAUCUGUGAUUCGAUAUCAAAUCAGACCAAAAAAAAAAAAAAAAAGAGAGAAAUCAAGAAACUUAACCCGCGAAGAAUUUCCUCCAUCCCCAACGAAGAAUUUCCUCCAUUCUUCUACUUCAGCAUUUGAACAGCUCACUGAUGAGCCACCACUCACCCAGCCAAUAGCUUCCGAUUCGAGACUUCAGUACCCAAAGAAGCCCCCCAAAGAUUCAGGAACAGCAGGUGCCGCUUCUCCCUAUCGCUUGCUUGGAUUCCUUACUCUGUGUUAUUUGCGUUUCUUGUUUCUUCGAUUUCAUUCCUAAACUGUUUCUGGGAAACGAGUGUUGCUUCUUAUUCAAUUCCUUUUGCACUCUGUUUUUCUGGGUAAAAAGGAAGAAACAGAGUCUCUUUAGCUUUGCUCAAUUCGUUGGUUGAACAGCUGGGGGUUGAGUCUUGCAUUCCCUUUCCGAUUUGUAUUUUGUCCGAUCCCUAAAAUUUGAGCCCAUUAUCGGAUUUCACCAUGCAUUGUCAAUGAUUGCUGGACAAGUAUGUUUGUUAGUUUACAGAAGGGAUUGCUUUGCUGUGUUGGAGAGCUUGAUUUGUAUUCAUGUAUUACAAAGAUUUAUAUGCAAAAGAGUUUACAACAUUGAGUUAUGACUAGGGUAGUGAUACAUUAAUGAGCAAUGGGCAGAGACAAUAAUGAGAGAUGGGAGCUAGCCCGUAGGGGAUGGAUGGAUGAAGAUAAACAACAUGUAUUAUUUCAACAAUGUGAAUGUGAUGAAUCGAAUGCAUUUCAAUUUUUCAGGAGAAUGGCCAACAUACCAAUUGUGCCAAUUGUGCUGGUGGGUUUUCCCGUCCUUGAACAAGUAAACUUUGCCAUACGACUGGUGGUGCCAGAAGGUGAGGAUGAGGAGGUUCAGUUCCUUGGCGGAGGAAUAUCGAGGCAGCAGAUUGUCCAAUCCACAUUUGACGUAUUCCUCGAUCUAGUCUAUCAAGCGUUGCUGCUGGACCCUGAUGGAUUCGUUGGUGAUGUCCCUCGGCCGAUCUCUUUGCUGCACAACGCAAUGCGAGGAGAUGAUGGCAUUUACAUGCCCUUCUUGUGGGGUGGUGGCGUCACUGCACCAUGGUUCCCACUGCCACACAUAUGGGACCAUAUCCGGCAUGGUGUGGACGUGGUAGCUGCCCAUAUUCUCCCGGGUCCUCCUGAUAUCCCUGUUGAGGACCAAGGCGAAAACCUCGAGGAGGAUGGCGCUGCGGGUGCUGAAGCAGAGGACCUUGUGGAGGAGGAAGAAGAUGCUGAGGAGGAUGUCGAUGAGGAGAACGCCCAGGAUGCCGAGCAGGAGCAGGAGCAGGCAGAGGAUGAUGAUGCGGAGGAUGUGGGGCACGAUGAUGUGGAGGAGGCUGGGGAAGAAGAUGCAGGGGAGCCCCUGGAGGACGCGGAUGAAGAUGCGGAGGAGCAGGAAGAGGAGGAUGUCGAGUGGGAGAACGCCGAGUAUGCCGAGCAGCAGGAUGUGGGGGAAGAAGAUGCAGGGGAGCCCCUGGAGUACGAUCCCGACGCCACUGAGUCAUCAUCGUCAUCAGGGUAGGACUCCAUAUCCGUGACAUAUGGCUUUGAGUUAAGGGGCUUUUUUUAUAAAGACAACUGAGAGGACGACGUGCUGCUAUCUUGAUGUCUACAGUGACUAUACGAUGUGUGGAUGAUUUGACAAACAAAGACCUCUGCUUUUGAAUGUCAAGUAUCUGAUUUUGUAAUUCUUACUAGAGAAAUAAUGCAUAUGAUGGGGAUUAUGGCGUCGUAUCAAAUAGGUGUUCCGUCAUAAGAUCGAGCUAAAUGAGGUUGCUUAUUGCAUAUUUCGUGAGUAAAAUGACUCGGGUAGG